AUGAGCAACCGACGCUUCACCCUCAACCCGUUCGGGGAAUUAACUCUAGCGGAGGAAGACCGCGCCAAGCUCGUGGAGAUUACCGAUGCCCUGGUUCAUGCCAAGUUUGAGGAGUAUGAACAGUACCUACAAAACGAGAAACGAGUGGACCUUGCUCGCUGGAAAAAGUUCAAGACUUCGGGCGCGACGACGACAUACCUUGAGAGGGAGAAGUCGAAUCCGGACUCCAAUUUGCCCGAAAUGCGCAUGCUGGGUCCCCUACCCGGCACUCUGGACGAGAACAUGUUUGGUCUUGUCAACCCAACUCUCGAAUCGAUGCGGAUCAAGGCGUCGUAUCUCAACGACUUCAGUGCUGGCGCUGUGUUAACAACAGUGGUGGAGCCAACAAAAGAGGAACCAUUCCGGGCUGUAGUGGUUAAGUGGAUGGAGAUUGAUAUCCCCGGAGCAUCAAUUGGCAUCGUUCGCAAUCGUGACUACAUUUACGUGGAGAGUUCAGGCAUCCUUCAUCUACAAAAUGGUGAACGAGUGGGGUACCAUCUUUUCCACUCUGUCAACUUUCCAGAAACGCGUGAGCUUCCAGGCCGAGUACGCGGUAACAUGUCACUCUGUGCUAUUUUCCACCAGGAGGGUACAGAUCGAACGGAUUGCUUUGGAACAGGUGUCAUGGAUCCAAAGGGAGAUAUGAUCCGAAUGAUGGCUGUGGCAGGAAUGGUUCAAGCUACAAUGGCGGGCCUGAAAUAUUCCUACUGCGGACAGAUGAAGAAGCUGGCGUGGCUGCUGGAGCAGAAGCAUGCAGCUAUGAGGGAACAAAGUGCCCCAGUCGUUAAACCAGUGUGCAUGACAUGUUCGAAUCCAACUACAGCCUCGAGAAUGAGAAUUGGCAGAGCAAGCAGCACAUGCAAGUUGUGCUUCGGGGCGUUAUGUGGGUCGUGCAAGGUUUCCAAGAAGUUGAGUUUUAUCUCACCCGACCUAGAACUUUCUCAGCGCCGAGUUACUUUUUGUGUGAAAUGCUUAAUGGAAGCAUCUCGUCUGGACACGCUGGAGGCUGCUCGCCAUCAAUUCGUGUAUAAGCAACCCAUAUAUCCAGGCUCAUACGGUUCUCUUGCCGCGUCCUAUAUGAGUUCUCGCUCGAACGAUACGAUCGGUUCUCCAUAA